UUUAGCAAAUACGCGGCCAUCUUGGAUUCAUCAGCCUAGCUACAGGCAACCCUUAGUUUCUGGGAUGGGUGGAACUGAAGCAAAACUUGGGGAUUCCAGAGCGUGAUUUUUCCAGAAAUAGGGUGGCGUCGCUAUUCAGAUCCUGGACAUUUUGCAGGAACUUCACUUAACUUCCCAAAUCGUCAGCAGGCCUUUGUAAGCGAUUAUAAGCUGAAGUCCCCUCCUCCUUCUCGUCUGAACGCCGUGUGCAGUUCGGUGGGCCUGUUUCAACUGUAUGGGCUUGGUUUCAUUAACAACUUUUGAUCUGACAGCGUGUGGUCACUUUCUAAGCCACUCGGACACCUUUGGCGUACGGUUAUGGUGGACGCAUGCUCAACACUGCAGAAGUUUGUGUUCUGUGCCACCGGUUGGACAUCCAGCGCUGUGUGGUGUAAUGCGGCUCGAUAAAUGACUUUAUUAAUCCGGAGUGGCGGCGUCUUCCGGCGUUUGUUGUGCUGAAAGUUCGUCUUCGGAUCGCAGUUGAAGCUGGUCUCUUCCAUGGUCUGCAUCAGCUGUCGGAAAGCUGCUUUCCACUCUUCCUUUGGACCGAGGCGCUGCGAGUAGACACACUUGGAAAGGAGAAGCACUUUGGAGCUCGAGACGCGUUAAAAUGUCAACGAGAACACCACUACCUACAGUCAAUGAGCGCGACACGGAAAAUCACACCUCUCACACCGACGGGCGGAACGAUGGUGCCACGAGAUCCAGCCGCUCCGGGGCUCGAUGCCGCAACUCCAUCGCCUCCUGCGCCGACGAGCAGCCGCAUAUCGGCAACUACCGGCUGCUCAAAACCAUCGGCAAGGGCAACUUCGCCAAGGUCAAACUGGCGCGACACAUCCUCACGGGUCGAGAGGUGGCCAUAAAAAUUAUUGAUAAGACACAGCUCAAUCCUACCAGUCUCCAAAAGCUCUUCCGAGAAGUAAGAAUAAUGAAGAUUCUGAACCAUCCAAAUAUUGUAAAGUUGUUUGAGGUCAUAGAAACGGAAAAAACCCUUUAUCUGGUGAUGGAGUAUGCCAGUGGAGGGGAGGUGUUUGACUACCUCGUAGCACACGGUCGGAUGAAGGAGAAGGAGGCCAGGGCUAAAUUUAGACAGAUCGUGUCAGCUGUACAGUACUGCCAUCAAAAACACAUUGUGCACAGAGACCUCAAGGCAGAGAAUCUGCUGCUAGAUGCAGAUAUGAACAUUAAGAUAGCAGACUUUGGUUUCAGUAACGAGUUCACGCUGGGCAACAAGCUGGACACGUUCUGCGGCAGUCCACCAUACGCCGCUCCUGAGCUCUUUCAGGGAAAGAAGUACGAUGGACCAGAGGUGGACGUCUGGAGCCUGGGAGUCAUUCUCUACACAUUAGUCAGUGGAUCACUGCCUUUUGAUGGCCAGAACCUGAAGGAGCUGCGAGAGCGAGUGCUAAGGGGGAAGUAUCGCAUUCCCUUCUACAUGUCGACCGACUGCGAAAACCUCCUCAAACGCUUCCUGGUGCUCAAUCCUAUCAAGCGGGGUACACUUGAGCAAAUCAUGAAGGACCGGUGGAUCAACGCUGGCUUUGAAGAGGAUGAACUCAAGCCCUUUGUGGAGCCAGAACUUGACAUCUCGGACCAGAAAAGAAUAGACAUAAUGGUGGGAAUGGGUUACUCUCGUGAGGAGAUCCACGAGUCUCUGACUAGGACGAAGUAUGAUGAAAUUACAGCAACCUACCUGCUGCUGGGUAGAAAGCCCACUGAGCUGGAUGCUGCUGACUCCAGCUCCAGCAGUAACUUGUCCCUGACCAAAGUCAGACCCAACAGCGAGCACAACAAUGGCCAGUCACCAUCACACCUCAAAGUCCAGAGGAGCACCUCCAACCAGAAACAGCGGCGCUUCAGUGACCAGGCUGGUCCAGCCAUUCCCUCGGUGGGUUACCCCAAGAGGAGCCAGACUACCACAGCAGAUAAUGAGCACAAAGAGGACACCAGUGCCCAACCUCGCAAGUCCAGCUCUUCUGGGAGCCGUGGCAUGGCACCCCCGAGCCCCCUGCUGGGCAAUGCCAACAAUCCAAAUAAGGCUGACAUUCCUGACCGCAAGAAGGGCUCCACUGCCCCUGGGAGUAAUUCUGUGUCUGGGGGGAUGACCAGGAGAAAUACAUAUGUUUGUAGUGAACGCAAUGCUGCAGACCGGCACUCUGUCAUCCAGAACGGCAAAGAAAACAGCCUGAGUGAAAUGUCAGCGUGUGCCUCCGCAAGUCAGUCUCCAUACGUUGCUGCUCUCACUGCUUCGUCUGCCUCGGUCCGUCUGAGGCAUCACAAAGCCACGCCAAUUUCAGCUUCUGGCCACACCUGCCGCUCUACACUGCCCCCUAGUGACGGCCCUGCUGAACUCUUCAGGCCCAACACAACCUCAGCCUCUUCACAGCGAAACCCUGGGGCCUCCACUCACAGCAUCAGUAGCGCCACACCACCAGACCGCCUGCGUUUCCCACGAGGCACGGCGAGCCGCAGCACCUUCCACGGCGGCCAGCUGAGGGACCGGCGCACAGCCACAUACAACGGACCCCCUGCCUCACCCACCCUCUCCCAUGACGCAACACCGCUCUCUCAGUCCCGCAGCCGCGGUUCCACCAACCUCUUCACCAAACUCACCUCCAAGCUCACACGCAGAAACAUGUCAUUCAGGUUUACCAAAAGUCGGAACGUGUCCGGGGAUCAGAAGGAGGACCAGAAAGACACCAAACCACGUUCCCUGCGCUUCACCUGGAGCAUGAAGACCACGUCAGCCAUGGAGCCCAGCGACAUGAUGCGCGAGAUCCGCAAGGUGCUCGACGCCAACAACUGCGACUACGAGCAACGCGAACGCUUCCUGCUGCUCUGUGUCCAUGGCGACGGCCAUGCCGAGAGCCUCGUUCAGUGGGAGAUGGAGGUGUGCAAGUUGCCCCGUCUCUCUCUCAAUGGCGUGCGCUUCAAACGGAUAUCGGGAACGUCUAUUGCAUUCAAGAACAUAGCUUCAAAAAUCGCCAAUGAGCUAAAGCUGUAAAAAAAAAAAAAAAAAGAAAAAAAAAAAAAAGAAAAUAAUAAUCAAAAUGUGAAAAUGUGACAAAAGGACAAAUGCAUACAAAAAUCUAUUUUUUCUGUUUAAAAAAAGUAGCACAUUCAAGGAUUGUGUUUCGGAUGCUUACAGAAAUGUGUAAUAAAAUGUAUAGAAUCAUGCCUUAGGUGGUAUUAUUAUUAUUAUUAUUAUUAUUAUUACUAUUAUUACUAUUGUGACUGGUGGUCUCAAACUGUAUGGAAAAGAAAUGAUUGAUGGGUUUCUUUUUUUUUUUUUUUUUUUUAUUUAU